AUGCCAGCUACAAAUUCGGAAGACAUACUCACCAUCGCAGAGCUGAAGGAAGCAGCUGCUGCCAAGUUGGACCCCGUUGCGAGAGGAUAUUUCAACAAUGGAGCCAUGGACAUGUUGACACUCCAAGACAAUGAGAAGGCAUAUGACAAAUUCAAAAUUCGCCAACGCAUUCUUGUAGAUGUCGCUGAUGUUGACACAACGACAACCAUCUUUGGCUCGAAGGUUUCCUUGCCCCUCGCAUUUGCCCCCGCCGCGAUGCAUGGGUUGGCUCAUCCCGACGCGGAGAAAGGAACAUCGAGAGCAGCGGCCGCCAAAAAUAUCCCCAUGGGCCUUUCGACAUAUUCCACGACGUCUUUAGAAGAUGUCAUUAAGGAGCGUGGUGAUAAAACUAAUCCUUACGUUUUUCAAUUGAGUCUCCCCAAAGAUCGCUCACUGCCAUUGGGCUGGAUCAAACGAGCCGAAGAAUCCGGGUACAAGGCCCUUGUCCUUACUGUUGAUGCACCAGUUCUCGGCCGCCGUCUUGGUGAGCUUAGAAAUAAAGUACAGCUGCCAAGCAACAUGAAUCUUCCCAAUCUUGGAGGGGUUCGUUCUCAUCAUAACCCCGGUCGAGAUGCCAGUAAUUCGUGGGCAUCGGCGAUUCCAUGGGUCAAAGCUAACACAAAGCUUGAAAUUUGGCUCAAGGGUAUAUACUGCGCUGAGGAUGUGUUACUGGCAAUUAAAUACGGACUGGAUGGAGUGAUCGUUUCCAAUCACGGCGGCCGACAGUUGGACGGCGCUGCAGCUACAAUUGAUGUUCUUCCUGAAUGUGCAGCUGCUGCUAAGGGGAGGAUCAAGAUCGGUAUCGAUGGCGGAAUUAGACGGGGGACCGAUAUUUUCAAAGCAUUGGCUUUGGGUGCGGAUUGCUGUUUCAUCGGGCGCAUUCCUAUCUGGGGGUUGGCUUAUAACGGAGAGGAGGGUGUCAAGUUGGCGGUCGAUAUUCUAGAACAGGAACUGAGAACAACUAUGGCGCUGGCUGGUUGCUCCUCACUUAAGGAGAUCUCGCGUCAUCAUUUAUCGGUGUUGGGCAGCAAUGGGCUUCUUUCUAAGCUUUAG